CACUAACUGCCACCUUCCAGUCCAGGAUCCUGCUCUCCUGCCUGGCUUGCCCUGUCCCAAGGCCCUCUGUCCCACUGCUCUGCUGGAGAGGGCGUGUUGGACCAGGGGAUGGUACUGCUUCCUAUUGUGUGGGGCUGGGUGCUCAUGGCUGCCGUGAGUCCAGAUGCCACUGCAAGCUUUGUGGAGCAGUGGCCCAAAUGGGCCUUGGUACGUCGUGGACAGGCUAAAACCCUGCGCUGCCUCCUGAAGGACUCCCAGUACCCCUGGAUGAGCUGGUACCAACAGGAUCUCCAGAGGCAAUUCGAGAGGCUGACCACUCUGCGGAAUUCUGGGGACAAGGAAGUCAUAACCCAUCCUGGAGCAGAUUAUCAGGCCACGCGGGUCGAUAACACGGAGCUGAGGCUGCACGUGGCCAAUGUGACCCAGGGCAGAACCCUGUACUGUAGCUGCAGCAAAGAAACACAAUCCUCCCUUCUGGCCACUCUACUGCAAGUAGACUCUGCCUGCGGCUUCCCCAUUGCCCUCAGUGAAACAGUCGGCCUGCAGAGCACAGCCAUGAGCCACAGCCUCUGGCGGACUCCGGUGGGGACUUUGACUGUGCCACCCGCGAGCUGUGGGGAAGAAUUAACGUCCCUGAUACGAAGGGUACCUCUGUUUGAGAGCACCGUCACUGAGAGACAGACGGGAUGGGGGGCGCGCAGCCCACCUGACCUCCUGCUCUUAAAGUUCUUCGGCUUGGCCAAGGCGCAAGAGUAA